ACCGCCAAAACGCCCAAUACCUUAACUCUCUCUGCUCCUCACAAAACACCCGCAAAACCUGGACAUCAGAGAAAAACAGCAAAAGGGCAUCACUUAUAAAUGUAUCUCAUGGAACCCCCGAGGAAGAAGAAGCACUGCAUUCAACAAGUGUUCGUACUUGUCGGAUUUCCUCUUUGUGUGGCCCUAAGAUUGAAUCUUUGUCGCAUGUUGAACAUGGGAAGCUUCUGGUUCUUUGUUCAGUUUGGUCACUUGUUCUUGGUCUUGUUCCUUCUAAUUGACUCUGUUGCGGUGCAAGCGUUCACUGGAACGUAUGGAAUAAAUUAUGGAAGAGUUGGAGAUAACCUUCUUUCUCCUAAGAACGUUGUUGCUCUUAUCAAAGCAGCAAAGAUAAAGAAUGUCAGGAUAUACGAUACUGAUCGCGAUGUUCUCAACGCUUUCAGAGGGACUGGACUUGAAGUAGUGGUAACACUUCCAAAUGCAAUGCUGCCAGACAUGAGUCUCAAUGAGGACGAUGCAGUGAAUUGGGUUAAAGACAAUGUGCAGUCAUUCCUUCCCGAGACACAAAUACGUGGGAUUUCCGUGGGAAAUGAAGUAUUAGGUGUGGCGGAGUUUGAAUUGUGGGGAGCUCUUUUGGGUGCAGCUAAAAACAUCUACAAGGCAGUAAAGAGGCUGAAAUUAACCGACAUUCAGAUUUAUACUCCGCACGCGGAGGCCGUUUUUACUAAUUCCUACCCUCCCUCUUCGUGCACGUUUAAUCACAAUGUUAAGAAGUACAUGAAGCCGCUUUUGGAGUUCUUCUCAGAAAUCGGGUCUCCCUUCUGUUUAAAUGCUUACCCGUUCCUCGUCUAUAUGGCUAAUCCGAAGAAUGUUGAUCUUAACUAUGCUCUUUUCCUGGAUUCUAAGGGAAGUUACGAUCCAAAUACUAACCUUCAUUAUGAUAACCUUCUUGAAGCGCAGAUUGACGCAGCUUAUGCAGCAUUGGAGGAUGCCGGGUUUAAGAAUAUGGAAAUUAUUGUUACAGAGACAGGGUGGGCUUCAAAGGGAGAUGCUAAUGAAACUGCAGCUACAGAAAACAACGCGAAGAUAUAUAAUUAUAAUUUGCGCAAACGGCUAGCAAUGGGAAAAGGGACCCCUCUCCGGCCAAAAAUUGUAGUGAAGGCGUACGUUUUUGCCUUGUUGAACGAGAACUUGAAACCAGGGCCGACUUCUGAGAGAAAUUAUGGACUGUUCAAGGCUAAUGGGAACAUUGCAUAUGAUAUUGGGUUUCACGGAACUUCCUCAUCCGGAGAUGAUGACUCCGUAAGUGAUUCUCUCUUCCUAGAGGAUGAACACACAGUUUCAUCGUCUGCAAAUUCGUUGCUUUUUUCUUCAAAGGAUAUUGGAGCUCAAGAUUGGUUUCGUUUGCGAUACUUUUUGUUCCAGAUCUCCGCUGCUGCAUUGCUUCUGCUCUUAAAAUGACAACAGUAGUCAGUAGAGAGAUUGUCUAGCCAUUUUUUUUUUCUCUUUGUUUACCUUAUUUUCUGCUAUGUUUAUGGGAAAGUUCAGUUAUUUUUUCUGAUGCUUAAACAAUCUGAAUUGACACAA